UGAAACUUUUAAAACGAAAAGACUGCACCAAGAAUGAGCGGGUCCUUUGCUUUAAGGAAGCUACUCUACGCUAAUAUUCAGGAUGAAGACGUCGCCAAACGUGGGUAUCACUUCUCUGGGAGCUAUGAGCCUCUUUUAGGGUCUGUCUGUAUUUUCCAACCCUCAGCUGUUGUUCCCGAUAGUGGACUAACAGUUGCAUCAUUGUGUUUUGGUGCUUGUUCGUUAGGUUGCUUGACCAUGAAGACUCGCAAUAAAGAAAAAUGGUGGUUUGGGCUAUUUCUUCUAGCUGCGUUUUAUUUUAACUCAGUCAAGGCACACAAAGUGAACAAUGGCCUAGUGGGACAUCAAUGUGGCUUCUUUGCUUCUGCGCUGGGGACGAUCGGCUGUGUGGGCCGUCUCCUGAUUCGCAGUGGAUCCCCGCGGAUGAACAAGGGAUUGCUAGCACUUUUCACGGGGUUGAUGUGGUAUGAGAUCGGGCGCUACCAUCUUUGGGCGGAUCACGUCACCGAGUUUAAGCGCGACAUCACCCCAGAGCGCUAUCACAACUUAUUGAGCGAGUACGUUCCGCAAGACGUGGCGAUUGAAUUUAUGCCUUACCGAGGCGUGUCAUCAUAUUGA